AUGGGUCAGUGGCUAGCGUCUGCCUUUAAGUCGCUCAUGGGCAAGCAGGAGGUGCGUAUCCUUAUGGUGGGUCUUGAUGCUGCAGGUAAGACAACAAUAUUGUACAAGCUGAAGCUUGGAGAAAUCGUCACAACGAUCCCAACGAUUGGGUUUAAUGUUGAGACAGUGGAGUACAAGAAUCUCAAGUUCACCAUGUGGGACGUUGGUGGCCAAGACGUCCUGCGCCCGCUGUGGCGUCACUACUACCAAAACACCAAUGGGCUCAUUUUCGUUGUGGACUCCAACGACAGGGAGCGUGUUGGAAAGGCGCGGCAAGAACUGGAGAAGAUGCUGACCGAAGACGAGCUUCGCAAUGCGGUUCUCCUGGUAUUUGCUAACAAGCAGGACCUGCCCAACGCCAUGAGUACGACAGAGGUAACGGAAAAGCUUGGACUGCACUCUGUGCGUCAGCGCAACUGGUAUAUUCAAGGGUGCUGUGCGACUACGGCCCAAGGAUUGUACGAAGGUCUCGACUGGCUUGCCGCUAAUAUCAAAAAGACAGCGCAAUAG